CAUAAUCAGGAAGAAAGCAAUGAUGAAGACACAGAAAUAAGCAGCGAUGAAGAACCGAAACAAAAUAACAGACGUCAGAAAACCAGAGGUGAACUGAAAGACCUAUGAAGACUAAUCAGCAUAAUGCAGAUUCACAGCAUUAUGUUGAGAAGGAGGAGGUUCUUGUUGGCCAGCAGCUUGGGGACCAGGAGAGGAGCCUCCCAGUGGACCAGGAGGAACGAGAACCCUUGCAGAUCAAAGAAGAACAGGAUGAGCUAGAACAUCCAGAGAUUAAAGAGGAAGAGGAUGAACUCUGCAUCAGUCAUGAUGAGGCACAGUUUGAGCUGAAGCAGGAGCCUGAGACCGUUAUGGUGACUCUUUGUAAUGAGGAAAAAUACCACAUUGAACUAGAACCAAACUGGAACAUCUCUCAGGAUCCGUCUGAAACUGAGAUCCAGCAUCAGGAAGGAAGCAGUGAUGAAGACUCAGAAUCAGAGACAGAUGAAGAGCAAAUACAAAGCAAGAGAUGCCAACAUAAUAACAGUGUGUGUUCUUGUGAAACUUGUGCUGAAUUUACUCCUCACAGUAGUCUUUUGUCUCAAAGUAUGGAAAAUCAUACAAAGGAAAAGUCUUUCUCAUGUCUGACUUGUGGAAAAAGAUUUUCUCAAAAAAGUUUUUUGACCAACCAUGUGAGAGUUCACACUGGUGAAAGGCCUUUCUCAUGUUCAAUUUGUGGAAAAGGUUUUACUCAAAAAACUCAUUUAACUCAUCACUCCACAACUCACACAGAUGAGAAGCCUUUCUCAUGCUUGACCUGUGGGAAAACAUUUAGGUUCAAAAGCAGUUUGAAUAUACACGUCAGAAUCCACACAGGUGAGAAGCCGUUCCUGUGUAUGACUUGUGGAAAAAGCUUUAAUCAGAAAGGUAAUUUGAUUUAUCACAUGAGAAUCCACACAGGUGAGAUGCCGUUCUCGUGUAGCAUCUGUGGAAAGGGUUUCACUCAAAGAAGUCAGUUACAACUACACAUGAGAAGCCACACAGGUGAAAAGCCUUUCUCGUGUGUGACCUGUGGAAAAAGUUAUAGUCAAAAAGGAAAUUUAACUUGUCACAUGAGAACUCACACAGGAGAGAAGCCCUUUCCAUGUCUGACCUGUGGAAAAAGUUUCACUAUCAAAAGUCUUUUAAACAAACACCUCCGAACUCACACGGGCGAAAGGCCUUUCUCCUGUUUGACGUGUGGUAAAAGUUUUCUUCAAAAGACUCAUUUAACGGAUCACAUGAGGAUUCACACAGGUGAUAGGCCUUUUCUGUGUAUGACUUGUGGAAAAGGGUUCCUUCAAAGAACUCAUUUAACAGAUCACAUGAGAAUUCACACGGGUGAGAAGCCUUACUCAUGCAGCACGUGUAAUAAAAUGUUUAGCCUAAAAAGUAAUUUGAAUUUACACAUAAAAACUCACACAGAAUAGAAGUCUUCCAAAAAAACGUUAAACCAAAACUGGCAAGAACCAUUAAAAAACACACACAUUUGGACAUACGUAUGUAAACACCUCACCAUCCUAGCCUAGACUUUUAGGGAAAAGUCUAAACUUGACUUAGAUUGGAUAAACUAAUAAUUUCCAAUGGAAAUUAUUUUUAUGUAAUAACUUGUUACAAUGGAAUGUUUGAAGCAUUUUUGUAAAGUUAUGACAAUUUAAUAUGUUGAAUUGAUGUUUUUGAAGUUACUUGUCCACCUGCUAAGCUAUGUCUGUUGUUGUGCAUGUAGUUGAGCAUACUGCUUCCAGCUGAUAAUAUUCAGGUUUCUUUAGGAAAACUCUGUUGUCUUUUUGUGUUAUUUCCCGGAGACAAAAGGAAAAGUCAAUUUGUAUCUGGGUACAAUUGGAAAAAUCACAGUUUACAGUUGUGUUUAGAAACGAACAGAAAGAAUCAGACAUAACCGUGAAUCUUUGCCCAAUCAAGUCUACAAACAAGUUUAAUCUACCCGUGUAAAAUUUGGUUGCAUUGGUUUAAAUCUUUCCACAAGAUGGUUUCUCAAGUAACUUCAACAAGAUAAAGUUUUGGAGUGGUCUAGCCAAACUCUGGACUCAAAUCCAAUUCGGAUACUAUAGGAUGAUCUUAAACAUGCUGUCCAAACUUGAAAAGCCUCCGACAUUGCAGAAUUAAAAUGUUUCUGCAGCGCAAAGGGGACCAAAAUUCUUCAGUGGUGACAUUAAACUUAAACACUAAUUCCCAGUUAUAGCGAAUGGUUGACAUGUAUUACUCCACUAAUUUUAUUUUAUUUUAUUUUUUAAGUACCUUGAAACAUGUUGUGAAUCAGAAUAUAUAAAUAAACUGAUUCCAAUUACAUUGAUUUACUUUUUCUUUUAAUAAAUUGAAAUGUGCUUUUCAUAAUGUAAUAAAGUUAUAUCAUUCCAGCAUUAAAAUUA